AUGUCCAAACAUCACCCCGAUCUCAUCAUGUGCAGGAGGCAGCCCGGUAUUGCUAUCGGACGCCUCUGUGAAAAGUGUGACGGAAAAUGUCCUGUCUGUGAUUCCUACGUACGCCCCGAGACCCUUGUUCGCAUCUGUGACGAAUGCAACUUUGGCACUUACGGAGGACGAUGCAUUAUUUGCGGGUCUCCUGGUAUCUCCGACGCCUACUACUGUGCGGAGUGUACACGACUAGAGAAGGAUCGGGACGGCUGCCCCAAGAUUGUCAACCUAGGCGCUAGUAGGACAGACUUGUUCUACGAGAGACGUCGCCUAGGGUUCAAGAAGGGCUAG